UAACCACAUGGGAACAACUAUGGCUCUGUUUGUGCUGCUGCUUCAGCUGCUCUUUCUAUGGCCGACGGUGGCGGCAUCGCCAACUGUAUCCAUGUCAAAGCCCGGGUGCCAGGAGAAAUGUGGGAAUAUCACCAUUCCCUACCCAUUUGGCACCGGCGAUGCAAGCUGUUACAGAGAUAUGUACGAUGUAACCUGUAACCACUCUUUCAUCCCUCCCAAGCUGUUCUUAGCAAACGGCAAUUUAGAAGUUCUGGAGAUAUCGCCAGGAGGCCAACUGCGCAUCAAUGUCACCGUAGGAUAUCAAUGCUACAACUCUAAGGGGAACUUAACUAGUGAGUUGCCCACUUGGGUGGAUUUGACUGAAAAUAGGCCAUAUACGUUUUCCGACAGUCGCAACAGAUUCACGACUCUUGGUUGUGACACCUACACCUACGUAACUGGCUCCAAGGGCCGCAAUUUCACAAGCGGAUGUGCCAUGGUUUGCAGUGACCAACAAAGCGUGGUCAACGGGUCCUGUUCAGGCAUCGGCUGUUGCCAGACGUCCAUCCCAAAAGGUUUCAAGAAGUUCGAUGUGGAGCUCCACAGCUUCGACAACCACACCAAGGUCUGGAAUUUCAAUAGAUGCAACUACGCUUUCCUGGUCGACUACGAGUGGUAUAACUUCACAGUAUCAGAUCUCUUGGAAUACAAUUUCUAUUAUGAAAAUGGAGGAAGUGUGCCCCUUGUGCUCGACUGGGCGAUAGAGAACCAAUCCUGUAAAGAUGUUUCUAGGAGAAACAGUACCAGUUAUAUUUGCGGCAAGAACAGCGAAUGCUUUGACUCCCCUAAUGGUCUCGGGUAUCUCUGCAAAUGUUCCCAAGGCUACCAAGGCAACCCUUAUCUCGAUGACGGAUGCCAAGAUAUAGAUGAAUGCGCAGAUCCAACUAAGAACGAUUGCAAGGCUCCUGGAAUUUGCAUCAAUACGCCUGGGAGUUACAACUGCUCUUGCCCACCUGGUACCGAGGGGGAUGGAAGGAAAAAUGGACUAACUUGCAUAGCUCCAGUGCGUGCGAUGAAGCAAUCGCAGCUGAUACAAGUAACCGCAGGUACUGGCUUAAGCAUCUUGUUUCUAGUGAUUUGUAUCUCUUGGUUAUCUUGGGGAUUUCAGAAGAGAAAGAUGAACAAACUGAGAGACAAAUUUUUUCAACAAAAUGGAGGUCUUUUGUUGAAGCAACAACUUUCUUUACAUGAAGGAAAUAUGGAAACGACUAAAAUCUAUACUGCAGAUGAACUUAAAAAGGCUACUAACAAUUAUGAUGAGAGUAGAAUCCUUGGGCGUGGUGGAUAUGGUACGGUAUACAAAGGAAUUCUACCGGAUGACAAAGAAAUUGCCAUUAAGAAGUCUAGAAUUGUUGAUGGCAGUCAAGUUGAGCAAUUCAUCAACGAGGUGGUUAUUCUCUCCCAAAUUAACCAUAAAAAUGUUGUGAGGCUCUUGGGCUGUUGCUUAGAGACUGAAGUCCCAAUGUUAGUCUAUGAAUAUGUUACUAAUGGAACCUUAUACCAUCAUAUUCAUGACGAGGGGCAUAAAGCUUCAAUAUCAUGGGAAAUUCGUUUAAGGAUAGCCACAGAAACUGCAGUGGCACUUGCCUAUUUGCAUUCUGCAGCCUCUCCUCCAAUCAUUCAUAGAGAUAUUAAAUCUGCUAAUAUACUCUUGGAUGAUAAUUAUAUGGCCAAAGUGUCCGAUUUUGGAGCUUCAAGAUUGGUUCCACUAGACCAAACUCAACUCACAACUCUAGUGCAGGGGACGUUGGGGUACUUAGACCCAGAAUACUUUCAUACAAGUCAAUUGACAGAGAAGAGUGAUGUUUACAGCUUUGGUAUAGUUCUUGUUGAACUACUCACCGGAAGAAAAGCACUUGAAUUUGACAGACCCGAAAAUGAGAAAAGUUUAGCCGUCCACUUUGUUACUUCAAUGAAAGAGGACAAUGUUGCGGCGAUUUUAGAGGAAAGAGUGUUAAAAGAGUGUAGUAAAGAUCAACUUCGACGAGUCACUAAGAUUGCAAAGAGAUGCCUAAGCGUGAAGGGUGAGGAGAGGCCCACAAUGCAAGAAGUGGCCAUGGAACUAGAGGGGUUGAGGAGGUCUAACAGACAUCCAUGGGUGGAACAUAAUCAUGAAGAGGCUGAGUAUUUACUUGGUGAGGCUUCGAAUCCUUAUAGUUGCAACACUACGGGGUAUGAUAGUUUGACAGAUCAUGUAUUGAUUUCAUUGGAUAGUGGGCGGUGAUAGCGUAUGCAACAUUAUUACUUUGUGCUAAUCCUCUAAGAAUUGCUGAUAUAGAUUAUUGACAUUGAUCGAUCUUCCAAAACUGCGAUGAGAUCGAUGUUUUAUAACUUUCACAAUUUACGCUAGAUAUCGUUUUAUUCCU